ACUUCAGCCAACUUCGGGAAAAUGUGUGGAAUUCCGUUUCCGCUUUAGGGAGUGGACGGUGAUUUUUUUUUAACUUUACUUUCCAAGCAACUUUUUAUUUCCACCUCAAUUUGGACAGUUUUGCGUUACCUGUCCCGGAUUAAAGUAUCGUAACGAGAAUGGCUUCUUCUCCUCAGAAGUCCCCGUCCUCCCCGAAAUCUCCGACGCCCAAAUCACCGUCCUCCAGAAAGAAAGAUGACUCUUUCCUGGGGAAACUUGGUGGAACUUUGGCAAGAAGGAAAAAGGCGAAAGAAGUGUCUGAGCUUCAGGAAGAGGGGAUAAAUGCCAUCAACCUUCCUCUUAGCCCCUCCCACUAUGAGCUGGACCCUGAGGACACCAUGCUGGAGGAGAAUGAAGUGCGUACCAUGGUGGACCCCAACUCUAAGAAUGACCGCAAACUGCAGGAGCUCAUGAAGGUGUUGAUCGACUGGAUAAAUGAUGUUCUGGUGGGGGAGAGGAUCAUUGUGAAGGAUCUGGCUGAAGAUCUGUAUGACGGGCAGGUCCUGCAGAAACUAUUCGAAAAGCUGGAAGGUGAGAAGUUGAACGUGGCAGAGGUGACCCAGUCGGAGAUCGCCCAGAAACAGAAGCUGCAGACUGUUUUAGAGCGCAUCAACGACUCGCUCAAACUCUCCACCAGGAACAUUCGCUGGAAUGUCGACUCGGUUCACGCUAAGAGUAUAGUUGCCAUCCUGCACCUGCUGGUGGCGCUGUCGCAGCACUUCAGAGCCCCCAUCAGAUUGCCAGACCACGUUUCUAUUCAAGUAGUGGUCGUCCAGAAAAGAGAGGGCAUCCUUCAGUCCAGACAAAUUCAAGAGGAAAUCACUGGUAACACAGAGGCUUUCUCUGGCAGACAUGAGCGUGACGCCUUCGACACCCUGUUUGACCAUGCUCCAGAUAAACUGAAUGUUGUCAAAAAGACUCUGAUCACAUUUGUGAACAAACACCUGAACAAGCUCAACCUGGAGGUGUCUGAAUUGGACACACAGUUUGCAGACGGGGUUUAUCUGGUGUUGCUGAUGGGCCUGUUGGAGGGAUACUUUGUGCCGCUCUAUAACUUUUUCCUCACGCCAGAGAAUUUUGACCAAAAGGUCCACAACGUGUCAUUCUCCUUUGAGCUGAUGCAGGACGGAGGACUGGAGAGACCAAAGCCCCGACCAGAGGAUAUAGUGAACUGUGAUCUUAAAUCAACACUGCGCGUCCUCUACAACCUCUUCACCAGGUACAGGAACGUAGACUGAGCACCACUUAAUGCCAUGGACCACAUGUUGGAGCUUAUGUUUUCCCUUCUAUCUGUUGUACCUUCAUGUAUCUGAGCGCAUGCGUCACACGUCCCCGUUGGACAAUGUACCACACAAAUCUGUAUUCGUUUUACAUUCCUGCAUUCGGCUUGUGUUUCUUUUUAUUGUAUAUUGGGUUUUGCUAUAAAGUCACGGACAUCUAUGAACUAAAUAAGAGAGCCAAUUUUAACGUUUAGUUAUGCCAUUGUAAUGAUUUUUGUCCCCCUAUCAUGAAAGGGAGAUUUUAGAUAAAAGUGUUGACUUUUGUCUUUUUAAAUCAGAAAAGAAAAGUUUGAACUGUAUUUAUUGUACAUUUUGAUACACUUGCUCUUUCUUACUCACGCCACUCUCGUUUAUAUCAUUCAUAAGUGCCUUUAUGGAAACAUGUGCACACCACAGUUGUCUUAACGUUCCAGAUUUCCUUUGCAUGCUCUGUUGUGCUCGCACUGUAAAACAUAUAAAGGCCUUACUCAGCAGCCAAUCACUGUCUUGUGUUUUAUUGAGAUCAAAAACAUCAACAAUAUAUAAUCAUCAUAAUCAUUGUUUUGUGGUUUAAUACGUCAAAUACAUCUUAUUCUGAAUGAAGUUUUAUGUUGGAUUUCUCUGCAAUUGAAAUGAAAAGUGUCUGAAUAUAUUAAAUGUAUCUUAUGUUCUACUUUCAAGGCAAUUUCACUUUUUCAAACCACAAAAGCAGUAACCGUCUGUGGGUGAAGCUGCCAACACUUUCUCCAUCAUGUAUCUGUUUAUGUUUUAAUACAUUAUAUUCAAUAAAUCCUUCAGUCCCUGAA